AUGGACGGAUACAUCAACGGCCUCGUCGAAUUUGCCAACGAAUAUCCCUUCGCCACGCCCUACCUGUGGGCUGCUGUUCUCGUCGACAGACCCUACCUCAUCUCGGACUGGUACUGUUGGGUCACACUAGGAACAGAGGCAUGGAUGACGAGGCAGAGAGUGGACGAUAAUGCAGCUGAUGUAGCUGCUCAUAGAAGCGGCAUCAAGGAAGAAUAG